CAUCGCCCUAUCCGGGAGCAAGGGAGAAGGAUCUGCAGUACUGCAAAGUGGAGAAUAAGGGUGGGAGGGGGAGCACGGAGGAAAGAGCUACCGCACCACUGUUAAGAGUCCGGUAGCGUAAGGAAGAAGGAUAGAUAGAGAGAGAGAGAGAGAGAGAGAGAGAGAGAAAGAGAGAGAGAGUACCGACGCAUUAUUGCAGUAUAGUGGCACCGCGCACAUACGCUCACUAACUACCGCACUAACCUACAAUUCGACAUACGCGAGGAGCGCCUGCAGUCGCAUUUUCCGAAGAGGAUAUAAAUGACGGAAUUUAAAUGCAUCGAGAAAUAAACUCAGGACCUCAACUGAUCUCACCACAAAACAAAUAGGGACAUUUGAGCAGACAACUCCUUCGACCGUAUUAUAUUUUAAUUCUCUGCUAUACAAAGCAUUCGUUUUUUGUUCGCCUUAUUCGUUGUUACUCUUUGUUUGCUGCUUUAUAAGUUAUCACGUGGAUCUGGGGAUAAACCUUGAAUGUGGAUGUAAAAGAAGAGGCGUCUUGCACGGCGAUCUUUCACUUUUGGCUUCCCAUCCAGCUGUUCGACCGGGUGAGUCUUAAACAGCUGCAAACGAGAUGUCUGCUCCAGCUCCAGAUGCUGCUGCCCCGGCCGGUGCUCCAGGAGCCCCAGGGGCUCCAGGAGGAGAAGGAGGUGCCCCAGGAGGUGGACCCCCGCAGGCUCCCCCUAACCUCACCAGCAACCGCAGAUUACAGCAGACGCAAGCACAGGUGGAAGAGGUGGUGGACAUCAUGCGUGUGAAUGUGGACAAGGUCCUGGAGAGAGACCAGAAGCUGUCGGAGCUGGAUGACAGGGCCGAUGCACUGCAGGCCGGGGCCUCCCAGUUUGAGAGUUGUGCCGCCAAGCUCAAGAACAAGUACUGGUGGAAGAACUGCAAGAUGAUGAUUAUAAUGGGAAUCAUUGGAGUCAUCGUGGUUGGGAUCAUUUUCUUAUACUUCUUCUCUUGAGUUGGACCAUGAGAAGAAGGAUAAAUAUGCAAGAGUGACAACAGGAGGGAAGAAAAAAAAGAAAAGCCCAUCCCCCACUCCCUCUCGUUUCUCUCUCCACACUGAAGUCUUCCAUCCAGCCAUCUUGCACUUAAAUGUGUGUAGUGUGUAGAUUUUAAUAUCUCUUUGCUCUUUCCCUGCCCUCCUUCCCUGUCUUUUCUUGGUCUUUUUCUCUGCCUGUGUGCUCCUAGCUCCCUCUGUGCUCCAGCGCAUUUCUGGAAGGGUCCAGGAGACAUGCACACGUGUGGCAGAAGGAACAUAAGGCAAGUCUGAAAUAGAGGGAAGGAGGAGAUGGGGAGCAUUUGUGAGCCUGGGAGGGAAACAGCACUUCAGUUUUCUUUUCGCGUGGAGAACGUGAGCGGGAAGCGUGCAGGGAAACAGAGCAGGAGAUAUAGAUUUUUUUAGAAGUUUUUUUAAAUCCCAAUAACAAUGAAAGCUUUGCCAUCUUACCUUUUGAAAGCUGCCUGCAUUUGUAAUUCGACAUGAGCAUACCUAACAACCUUCCAGUUCUUCCUAUUAUUACUGCAACUAUUAUUACUACUAAUACUAAUAGAGAAUCUCACUUAUGAUCAUUUUUUUGUGUGCGUGUGUGUACUUGUGAAGCAAAUUGUAGCUUGUAGCUUUUACAGAUAUACUUUGCUCUAGGCAAUUUCCUUUUUAUAUCCUUUCUAUUUGAUUUAUUGCUACCAGUGUUUGUCUCUCUCUGAAGUUUGACUAUAAGAUUAUGUCAGCUUCAGAGUGAUUGCAGAGUAUGACCCAGACCUCAGCUCCGGCUACUACAGACACACCUCAGUGUUUAAGCUGAUCUUACAGACUGACGGAGGGGUACAUGGUGAUGGGGAUAGGAAGACAUGCACAGAGACACUACCAGUGACACAGACAAUCUGCUUUCAUUUAUUUGUCUGCCUUUGCUAUACGUUCAGAUGGGCAUGCACUAUUUUAAUCACUCUGAUGAAGACUGAUGUUCAAAUGUUAAAUGUGCCAUUCUGGAUCUGUUUGGAUUCAUUUCUUAUAUAUAAGAGACACUGUGGAACAACCACAUUGUGGAAGCAAGGGACACACAGAGGAAUAAGUGAGGACAUAUUCCCCCAUCUGAUAUUCAUACUGGAGACUCAGUGGAAAUCCCCAGUGCUGUCUACAUCAGGUCGCGUGCUUACAUUUUCUUAUGAGUGAAUGGGAAUCAUUAUUCACAGUAAGUGAAAAAAAAGAUCUUAUCAAAAUUGUGCUGUUGUGCAUCAAAUGUUCAAUUAGUCAAAAAAGAAGAAAACAAUUACAUCUGAAAUGCGAUAUCUAAGAAACGACUCAAGAAACAGCACUGGGAACUUUGAAAGAAUGUCAGUUUUGAUGUUGAAUUAAUCACACUGCAAAGAAAAAUAGUUCUUCUAAAGGAGAUGAAACAGUAUCAUGCAUUGCAAAUAAGACUAAUCUGAGAUAUGUACACAAAGAUCCAUUUGCUAAAUGGAAAUUGAGGAGGUAUCAAAGACGAGUCAAACUGAUCAAAUAUUCCAUGAAACGCUACAGAACUAUGAUGUGAUUUAUUGAUUUAAUCGCAUGCCUAUUUGCUUACUACCUUUGCUGACGCCAAUAAAGAAUCAUCAUCAACAUGCA